AUGCCCACCACAAACGAGCAAGACGAGCGGAUGAAGCAAUUUAAAAAUAAAGGGAAAGAUGCGGAAGCGAUGAGAAGACAAAGAGUAGAAGUCGCAGUUGAACUUCGUAAGGCUAGGAAAGAUGAACAGUACCUGAAGCGAAGGAACAUCUCUUUUUCAAUGGAAGACAGCCUGUCUCCAGAGAAAGAAGACAAGAACCUGAUGCUAAUGGAAGACUUGGUGCUGUCGCUGGAACAGCAGCUGAGUGUUGAGCUGAAACACGGGUGGGAGGGUGGAGGGCCGUUCCUGUCCAUGGGUGGCUAUAAAGGGGAGUGCAGUCCUGGGAAAUUCACAAUGAUGGCAAUAGGCUCCAGCGACGGCCCCAUGUACAGAGAUUCUCUCAUCCAGCAGAACGUCAUCCCACCUCUUCUGGCUCUGGUGGCACCAACUACCCCUGUGGGGUUCCUGAGGAACGUCACGUGGACGCUGUCCAACCUCUGCCGGAAUAAAAACCCGUGGCCGCCUCUGGAAGCCGUGAGGCAGAUCCUCCCCGCGCUGAUCUGUCUCCUGCAACACGAAGACAGGGACAUUAUCGCAGACACCUGCUGGGCUGUCUCCUACCUGACCGACGGAACCAACGACCGCAUUCACGUCGUGGUGGAUAUGGGGAUACUGCCGAGGCUGGUGCAGCUCUUGUCCUGUCCGGACUUGCCCGUUCUGACUCCAGCUCUGCGUGCUGUUGGCAACAUCGUCACCGGGACGGACGAGCAGACGCAGCUGGCCAUCGACGCGGGCCUGUUGGCCAUCCUCCCCCGGCUCCUGCGGCACCCCAAGUCCUCCAUCCAGAAGGAGGCGGCGUGGGCACUCAGCAACAUUGCAGCGGGGCCCUGCUCGCAGAUCCAGCAGAUUAUCACCUGCGGGCUCCUGCAUCCCCUGGUGGAGCUUCUGGAAAAGGGAGACUUCAAGGCCCAAAAAGAGGCUAUUUGGGCAGUGGCCAACUUCACCACCGGAGGCACUGUGGAGCAGAUCGUCGAUCUGGUCCAAGUCGGGACCCUCCUGCCCUUGCUCAACUUGUUGACGGUCAAGGAUGGGAAAACCGUCCAAGUGAUCCUCGAUAGCCUCUCCAACAUCUUCUUGUCUGCUGAGAAGCUGGGCGAGACAGAGAAACUGUGUGUCCUCGUGGAAGAGCUCGGUGGCUUGGAGAAGAUCGAGGCGCUCCAGACGCACGAGAACAACGCCGUCUACCAGUCCGCUUUAAAUCUCAUAGAGAAGUAUUUCUCUGGUGACGACGACGAGAACCUUAAUCCCGACGUAAACGAAGAAACCAAGACGUUCACUUUCGCAGCCGAGGAAGGGGAUCACUACGACUUCUAAGUAGGGACCCAGACUCAUCCUGCAGCGAUGGAAGCUGCCGUGGGGGGAAAAGAGCACUUGAACUGACUGUCGAAACACUAGAAGGGGGGAGGCUCACCUUGGGAAGCAUCUCAUUUGUAUUUCUAAGC